AUGUCUCAGUACCAUGUACUACCAAGAAACUUGACCAGUUUGCCAACAAAGGCCAAAAACAAGAAAGGACAAGGCUACCUAAUAUCCCCCCAAAAUGGCAGAUCCUCAGAACCAUGUAAAAGCAUUUAUGGAAAAAGAAAUAAGUUGGAUAAAAAGAUAAUCCUAGAAUAUUAUAACACUGCAAUGGCUUCUUCAGUGGAAAACAACAUGUAUGUAAACAAAGUGUGGGUUCAAUGUGACAAUGAAAGUUGUUUGAAAUGGAGAUUGUUGACAAGUGAGGAUGCAGCCAGAAUUGACCACAAUGAACCAUGGUAUUGCAUCAUGAACACUGAUUCAAGAUAUAAUAAGUGCUCUAUUUCUGAAGAAGACUUUCCUGAGGAGUCUCAGCUUCAUCAAAGUGGAUUUAAGAUUGUCUAUUCACAGCUACCUCUUGGAAGCCUGGUUUUGGUAAAAUUACAGAAUUGGCCAAAUUGGCCAGGGAUACUUUGCCCUGAUCCUUUUAAAGGGAAAUACGUGACCUAUGACCUGGAUGGAAAUGUUGAACAGUAUCACAUAGAAUUCUUGGGUGAUCCCCAUUCAAGAUCAUGGAUAAAUGCAACAUUUGUCGGGCAUUUUAGUAUCACAUUAAAGCCAGGACUAUGUAAGAACAAAAAGAAGUGGUAUAAAAGUGCGCUAGAAGAAGCAUACCUCCUUUAUCGAUGUUCUCCGGAGCAACGACUGGAAAUGUGCUGCCUGUCAAAACAGGAUACAUCCCAAGCAGAAGGCAAAGUUGCUGUGGUGGUCAAGAAAAGGAUGCAAAUUUCCAAAAAUAACACUAAAAAGAAAAGGCCCACAUUUAGAAAAAGGAAGAGGAAAGCUAUUUUAAAAUGCUCUUUUGAAAAUGUUUGCUCAGCUGAUGCCUUAUCAAAGGAAAACCUGGUUGUCUCUGAGACAGAAAUUUUACUAAAAGAACUGGAGCAAAUGCUACAACAAGCUCUAGAACCCACAGCAACACCUGAUGAGUCUGAAGAGGACCGUGGAGAGGAAAACAAUACAAGAGAAAAGUUCUCUAAAUGCAGCUCUGAAGCUUCUGUGUGCAGUCCAUUUGAAAACCACUAUGAAGAGGACUGUCUUGUAAUUGAUGGGAUAAAACUAAAAGCUGGGGAAUGUAUUGAAAACAUAACUAACAAGUUUAAAGAAAUAGAUGCUUUGAUGUCUGAAUUUUAG